AUGGACACGCUGCAGCGCGACGGCGACGACAUGGAGUGGAAGGAGGCGGCCAGGUGGAUAAAGUUUGAGGAGAAGGUGGAAGAGGGAGGCGAGAGGUGGAGCAAGCCCCACGUGUCCACGCUGUCCCUGCACAGCCUCUUCGAGCUGCGGACGUGCCUGCAGACGGGCACGGUGCUGCUCGACCUGGACGGCUACUCCUUGCCCCAGAUCAUCGACGACGUGGUGGAGAAGCAGAUCGAGGACGGGCUGCUCAAGGCCGAGCUGCGGGAGAAGCUCAGCUACGUGCUGCUGCGGCGCCACCGCCACCAGACCAAGAAGCCCAUCCACCGCUCCCUGGCCGACAUCGGCAAAUCCGUCUCCUCCAACACCACGCGCAGCCCCGUGCGGAGCCCGGCGGCCGGCGCCAGCUUCCACCGCUCCAACGAGGACCUGCGGAUGCGGCAGAGCGCGAGCUACGGCCGCCUGCGGAAGAGCCAGACAGGAGAAACUUCUCCCUUGCCGGCCUUGUCUUUCCGCCAGCUGAAGAACAAGUUCAUCAAGAAGAUCCCCAAAGACGCCGAGGCCUCCAACGUGCUGGUGGGCGAGGUGGACUUCCUCGACAAGCCCUUCGUGGCCUUCGUGCGCCUGCUCCAGGCCACCAUGCUGGGCGGGAUGACGGAGGUGCCCGUCCCCACGAGGUUCCUCUUCAUCCUCCUGGGCCCCACGGGAAAAGCCAAGUCCUACAACGAGAUAGGCAGAGCCAUCGCGACCCUCAUGGUGGACGAUCUCUUCAGCGACGUCGCCUACAAAGCCCGCGACAGGGAAGACCUCAUCGCCGGCGUAGACGAGUUCCUGGACGAAGUCAUCGUCCUGCCGCCCGGCGAGUGGGAUCCCACCAUCCGGAUAGAGCCGCCCAAGAAAGUGCCCUCGGCUGAGAAGAGGAAAUCCGUGUUCUCGCUGAGCGAAGCGGGGCAGAUGAACGGCACGGCCGGUGGGGCGGGCGCCCGGCGCGGGGGGGGGGGGGGGCGGGGGGAAGUGCACGAGAUCGGGGAGGAGCUCGCGUGGACCGGCCGGUUCUGCGGGGGUCUCUGCUUGGACAUCAAGAGGAAGCUGCCCUGGUUCCCGAGCGAUUUCUAUGAGGGUUUUCAUAUCCAGUCCAUCUCUGCCAUCCUCUUCAUUUACCUGGGCUGCAUCACCAACGCCAUCACGUUCGGGGGGCUGCUCGGGGACGCUACCGACAACUACCAGGGCGUCAUGGAGAGCUUCCUCGGCACCGCCAUGGCGGGCUCCAUGUUCUGCCUCUUUGCCGGGCAGCCGCUCAUCAUCCUGAGCAGCACCGGGCCCAUCCUCAUCUUCGAGAAGCUGCUCUUCGACUUCAGCAAAGGCAACGGCAUCGACUACAUGGAGUUCCGCCUCUGGAUCGGCCUGCACUCUGCCCUCCAGUGCCUUAUCCUGGUGGCCACCGACGCCAGCUUCAUCAUCAAGUACAUCACGCGCUUCACGGAGGAAGGCUUCUCCACCCUCAUCAGCUUCAUCUUCAUCUACGACGCCAUCAAGAAGAUGAUCGGCGCCUUCAAGUACUACCCCAUCAACUCGGACUUCAAGCCCGACUACGUGACCAUGUACAAGUGCGAGUGCGUCGCGCCCGACCCAGCCAACGCGACGCUGUUCGAUGCUCCAGCGCCGGUGGCACCGAACGCCACUAACGUUUCUGUGUACAAUGCUAUUAACCUCACAGCUCUGGACUGGACGCAGCUGAGCAAGAAGGAGUGCCUGAAAUACGGCGGCAGCCUCGUGGGCAAAUCCUGCAAAUUCGUGCCGGACCUGGCCCUCAUGUCCUUCAUCCUCUUCUUCGGCACCUACUCCAUGACCCUGACGCUGAAAAAGUUCAAGUUCAGCCGCUAUUUUCCCACCAAGGUCAGGGCCUUCAUUGCCGAUUUUUCCAAUGUCUUCUCCAUCCUGCUCUUCUGCGGCGUAGACGCCUGCUUCGGACUGGACACCCCCAAGCUGCACAUCCCCAGUAUCAUCAAGCCCACCCGGCUGGACCGCGGCUGGUUCGUGUUCCCCUUCGGCAAGAACCCGUGGUGGGUUUACCUGGCGAGCGCGCUGCCGGCCCUGCUCGUCACCAUCCUCAUCUUCAUGGACCAGCAGAUCACGGCCGUCAUCGUGAACCGCAAGGAGCACAAGCUGCGUGUGAGCGCCGGGGGCGCUGCCUUGCAGAAAGCGGCCGGCUACCACCUGGACCUCUUCUGGGUGGGCAUCCUCAUGGCCGUGUGCUCCUUCAUGGGGCUGCCCUGGUACGUGGCGGCCACCGUCAUCUCCAUCGCCCACAUCGACAGCCUCAAGAUGGAGACGGAGACCAGCGCGCCCGGCGAGCAGCCCCAGUUCCUGGGCGUGAGGGAGCAGAGGGUGACGGGCAUCAUCGUCUUCGUGCUGACGGGCAUCUCGGUCUUCCUGGCCCCCAUCCUGAAGUACAUCCCCAUGCCCGUGCUCUACGGCGUCUUCCUCUACAUGGGCGUCGCGUCGCUCAACGGCAUCCAGUUCUGGGACCGCUGCAAGCUCUUCCUCAUGCCGGCCAAGCACCAGCCCGACUACGUGUUCCUGCGGCACGUGCCGCUGCGGCGCAUCCACCUCUUCACCCUGGUGCAGAUCGUCUGCCUGGCCGUGCUCUGGAUCCUCAAGUCCACCGUGGCGGCCAUCAUCUUCCCCGUCAUGAUUUUGGCCCUCAUCCUGGUGCGGAAGCUGCUGGACUUCGUCUUUUCCCAACACGACCUGGCCUGGAUCGAUAACAUCAUCCCCGAGAAGGAGAAGAAGAAGGAGGAUGACAAGAAGAAGAAGAAGAAGAAGGGCAACAAGGGCGACAGCAGCAGCGAUGAGGAGGAAAGAGGCCCUCCGCCGGGAGCUCUGCGUUCCGAUUCCUCUCCCAACAGCUCAGACCUGGAUCGCAGCAUCACGCUGCACCUGAAGAUCUCCUGCCCGUCGUCUCCCGCCUUCAACUACUCGCGCAGCCCGCUCUGCGCCGUGCCGCAGGUGAAGAUAGAGAUGGAGUCGGACUACGAGGACACGGACACGGAGAAGCAGCCGCGGGACAUGGGCAGCGAGACCACGCUAUAG